GGCUCCGGACGCCGAGGGAGAGACAUGGCAGCGGCUAGAUCUGAGGGCGACUGUCUGGGGCCGGUCUGAAAUCCGCCGCCGCAGUACCACCAGCACCACGAAGAAGUAACCUGGGAGGACUCGAAAGGCCGGCGGGGAAGGCCGAGACCACGGCGUCCGAUCGCAUCGAAGGAGAGUGCGGGCGGAUUAGCCGCUGGGUAGCGGCCCGACGGAGGCGGAUUGUUAUUGGGGGAAGAGAGCGAGAGGGAGAGAUCGGUGCCGGCGGGCGCUUCAAACCAACACAUUUCAACUCAUAAAUAUUUCUCCACGUCCCGGCAGGAGGGAGGAGGAGGGAGGGGCGGCCGGAAUUUUUUUUUGAUUAUAAUCCCACCGGCAACAACCCCCCCCUCCCCAUCCCCCUCCUCCUCCCCCCCCCCCCCCCCCCACCCCGGAUCCUCCAAACCGCCUUCCGCAGGAUGAACUCGGUCAGGGCAGCCAACAGGCGACCGAGGCGACUAUCGAGGCCGCGCCCCGUGCAGGAGAGAAACAACGUCGCGGAUGAGGAUGUCCCUGCAGACAUGAUUGCAGAAGAAUCAGGACCUGGUGCACAAAACAGCCCAUACCAGCUGCGGAGAAAGUCACUACUGUCUAAACGAACAGCCUACCCUACAAAGAAUAACAUGGAGGGUGCUUCCACUUCAAGUUCUGAGCAUUUUGGUCAUAGAGCUAAGCGUGCAAGGCUGUCAGGAAAAUUACAAGACCUUCCUGCGUCACCAGCAGAGCAAUAUCUUCAAGUAAAACUUCCAGAUGAGGUCGUUAUGAAUAUCUUCUCAUAUCUACUUGAACAGGAUCUUUGCAGAGCAGCUUGUGUGUGUAAACGUUUCAGCGAACUAGCUAAUGAUCCAAUUUUAUGGAAACGAUUAUAUAUGGAAGUGUUUGAGUAUACACGGCCAAUGAUGCAUCCGGAGCCAGGCAAAUUUUAUCAGAUAAAUCCAGAAGAUUGCGAACAUCCAAAUCCUUGGAAGGAAAGUUUUCAACAACUGUAUAAAGGAGCGCACGUAAAGCCUGGAUUUGCAGAACAUUUUUACAGCAGCCCAGCAAGGUAUAAAGGAAGAGAAAAUAUGUUGUAUUAUGAUACAAUUGAAGAUGCCUUGGGAGGUGUUCAGGAAGCUCACUUUGAUGGUCUUAUCUUCGUACAUUCUGGUACCUACACUGAUGAGUGGAUUUAUAUUGAAUCCCCUAUAACUAUGAUUGGUGCAGCACCAGGAAAAGUUGCAGAUAAGGUCAUCAUUGAAAACACUAGGGAUUCUACCUUUGUAUUUAUGGAGGGUUCUGAGGAUGCCUAUGUUGGAUAUAUGACAAUUAGGUUUAAUCCUGAUGAUAAGUCAGCACAGCACCAUAAUGCACACCACUGCUUGGAGAUCACGGUGAACUGCAGUCCGAUUAUAGAUCAUUGUAUCAUUCGUAGUACUUGCACAGUUGGCUCUGCUGUGUGUGUCAGUGGCCAGGGAGCAUCUCCUACGAUCAAACACUGCAAUAUUAGUGAUUGUGAAAAUGUUGGACUAUAUAUAACAGAUCAUGCACAGGGAAUUUAUGAGGACAAUGAGAUUUCAAAUAAUGCUCUUGCUGGAAUCUGGGUAAAAAACCAUGGAAAUCCUAUCAUCAGGCGAAAUCAAAUUCAUCAUGGGCGUGAUGUUGGGGUCUUCACAUUUGAUCAUGGCAUGGGUUACUUUGAAAGCUGUAACAUUCAUCGCAAUCGAAUAGCUGGUUUUGAAGUGAAAGCCUAUGCAAAUCCUACAGUAGUGAGAUGUGAAAUUCACCAUGGGCAAACAGGAGGAAUUUAUGUACACGAAAAAGGACGAGGCCAGUUCAUAGAGAACAAAAUCUAUGCAAAUAAUUUUGCUGGUGUGUGGAUUACAUCCAACAGUGAUCCAACUAUCAGGGCAAAUGCCAUUUUUAAUGGAAAUCAGGGUGGAGUUUACAUCUUUGGAGAUGGCAGGGGUCUCAUAGAGGGAAAUGACAUUUAUGGAAAUGCAUUAGCAGGAAUACAGAUUCGAACAAAUAGUUGUCCAAUUGUACGUCAUAACAAAAUUCAUGAUGGCCAACAUGGAGGUAUCUAUGUGCAUGAAAAGGGACAGGGUGUAAUUGAAGAAAAUGAAGUAUACAGCAAUACCUUGGCAGGUGUGUGGGUAACAACAGGAAGUACACCAGUGUUACGGAGAAACCGAAUACAUAGUGGCAAGCAGGUGGGUGUUUACUUCUAUGACAAUGGCCAUGGAGUGCUUGAAGACAAUGAUAUCUACAAUCAUAUGUAUUCAGGGGUUCAGAUUAGAACUGGAAGCAACCCUAAGAUUCGGCGCAAUAAAAUAUGGGGAGGACAGAAUGGCGGCAUUCUUGUUUACAAUUCUGGUCUUGGGUUUAUAGAAGAUAAUGAAAUAUUUGACAAUGCAAUGGCCGGUGUUUGGAUUAAAACAGACAGUAAUCCCACACUCAGACGGAACAAAAUCCAUGAUGGCCGAGACGGGGGUAUCUGCAUAUUUAACGGAGGCAGGGGACUCCUUGAGGAAAAUGAUAUCUUCAGGAAUGCCCAAGCUGGUGUUCUUAUUAGCACAAACAGCCAUCCAGUAUUGCGAAAGAACAGGAUAUUUGAUGGGUUUGCAGCAGGCAUUGAGAUAACAAAUCAUGCUACAGCUACUCUAGAAAACAAUCAGAUAUUCAACAACCGGUUUGGAGGGUUAUUUCUGGCAUCUGGCGUGAAUGUUUCAAUGAAAGACAACAAAAUAAUGAACAAUCAAGAUGCAAUUGAAAAGGCUGUUAAUAGGGGCCAGUGCCUGUACAAGAUAUCGAGUUACACAAGCUACCCAAUGCAUGAUUUUUACAGGUGUCACACCUGCAACACGACAGAUCGUAAUGCAAUCUGUGUAAACUGCAUUAAGAAGUGCCAUCAAGGACAUGAUGUGGAAUUCAUUAGACAUGAUAGAUUUUUCUGUGACUGUGGUGCUGGAACACUUUCAAAUCCUUGCACAUUAGCAGGAGAACCCACACAUGAUACAGACACUCUGUAUGACUCUGCACCACCAAUAGAGUCCAAUACAUUGCAGCAUAACUGAAAGUUUGUUUUUCCUGCCAUUCUAAUCAACAGUAACUCCAUUUGUAUAAAAAAAAAACUAGGGGGAAAUUGUCAUUUGCCCAAAUCUUCAGGAAGAAUCUGAAUUUGUACAGCUGGUGUGCCUGUGUGGAUGGCACUGGAGUCUGAACUCUGGUGUUCUGAUAGUGAAGGAGUAAUCUGCUAACUCAGGAUCAAGAGAAGGUGCUGGGCAUGAAUAGCAUUAUGACAGAUUAAACAGCCAGCAGUGGACUACCCAAGGGACAAAAUGCCACCUUGUGAAGCUGUCUUCUCUGGACAAGUAGCAUUGAACCAUGGAGCUGACAAGGAAGACUGUUGCAGAGUGCCAGGUGUUCUGCAGCACCUAUGGACACUGGGUACUGAUUGGGUUGGUGUAUGUAUGAAAAAUGUGAUCUAGCACUUCUGCAUUUGAUUUUUUUUAAAAAACAAAACAUUUAUUCAAUGGAGACAACUGAUUUUAAUGCUUUUCUCAUGUAGCUUUUUUUUGUAAUUUCAAGCAAAACCUUAUUGUACUUGAAUGUGUCCUGUUUUGUUAGCAGAACUAGAGACUUGCUGUAACUAUACUCAUGUCCCAGUAUCUUAUUCUUUCUAUGAAAGAGAAAAGAUAACACUAAAUCGAUUGUAUCCCACAACUAUUGAUUUCAAUUACAGAACAUAAAUAUGUUCUUUUUAAAGUUAUUUCCAGAAGUCAACGUAAGUGCUUUCAUGAGACUGUACAGGGAGGGAUUAAGGGAAAGUAGACAUCUGAAGUGGUACCAGUAUUUGAAUUAGAUGCCACCUCAUUAAAACAUGCAUAUUGUUACAAAAGUAACUUCUGGACAGUGCCAUUUUGGUAAUGCUUCUUCUCCCUGUAAUGAAACUAGUAUAUAUGUACAUAUAUACUCAGUCUCCCUUUACUAGCUUUUCAUUAAUGCGUAUUGGUGACAGUGGGUAAAAUCAACAGCUUGAAAGUGUAUGCAUGUACCAUAACAUCCUAGACUUAAUAUAUUGUGGAGCAUUCAAUAACCAUUAUGUAGAUGAUAGGUAACAAUAAAAAGGGUUUAAUUUCCUAGGAAGAGAGUCUUAUCAUUUUAAAAUAAACUUUAUUAGAACAUAAUUUCAAAAAUCAUGUCUUUGAAUUAAACCAUACACUUGAUACUGUUUUCAGAUUUCAGCAAUCUUCUGCAGUAUUGGCUUUAGGGUAAGGAAGGUCAUAUUUUGGUCUUCAACCAAAAAACACAUCUCUCUGGAAGUGAAAAGAAAAGAGUUUUUGAAAACUUAGUACUUAGACAUUAGAACUUCAGCUGUACUACACUGCACUACAAUCCACCAUUCAUUAAGUGAGCUAAAAGAUCCUCUUUUACUUGACUUAAAGGGUAGCAAUUCUAUGAUUAUCCUAAUAUGGUCAGCCCUGCCUGUGAAUGAUGCCUUUGAAAAGGGAGAUAUUAAAUGAAAACAUUUAGCAUGUUAUGCUGAUUGUGUAGAAACUUAAGUGAAUAUAAUGCUAUGCUUUUAAUUCCUUCACAUACAAUCCACAGUGGAAAAGUGAACAUUAUUAGCACACUGCAUCUUAAAAACCAGCUUAGGAAACAGGAUAUCAACCCUGGAGGUUGAGCUAAGCUCUUUCCUGACUAAUAGAAAGUUACAAUUAAUCCCUUGGGAAAGUAGUUUUACCACUGUUUCAGCUUGAUGAAAUUAAUGUGUAUGCAGUUAAGUAAAAAACAAGGUUUAAUUAUUUUCUACACCUACUUGAAAAGUCGGAAGGAAACUGUAGUCUUCUCAAAUUCUUUAGCUUUCUUGUGACCUUUCUGGAUAAUUUCCUCAGGAAUGUUUGCAAGUCUUGCUGCAUUAAAUCCAUAACUCUUCGGACAAGCUCCUUUGAUAAAUUUAUAUAGAAACGUGAUCGUUUCUUGACUUGGAUCUUCGCACUCAUUCUCAACCAUGCAGGCCUAUAAACAGUCCAGAGAAUAUUAUGGAGCCAAGUACAAACUUAAAUGUUUUUAAUUUGAAGUAAAUGUUAUUUCACUGUACUUAUGAAAGAAGUCAAUGUCUCCACUAGGCAUGCAGGUUUCCAUGCCUUUAUCACCAUGCAGUUGAUUUUUGCAACUUUUCUAACGAAAGACCAGGUCAAAAUACAAGUAUGAAAUAUUCCAACUAUAUUGAGUGCCAUGUGCUUACCAUAUGUCCUAAACUGAUUGCUGUGGAGCGAGAGAAAUCUUCCACAAGGGAAUGGUAGUGUGUAGAAAACAAAGUGCGGCACUUGAUAUUUUCAGCAAGCUCCUUCACUACUGCACUAGCAAUUGCUGUGCCGUCAUAUGUUGCUGUACCACGGCCUGGAAUAAAAAUUCAGAACGCUUCAAUCAUAUCUAACAAACUAGCUGACUAUAUAGUUUGUAGAAGUAACAAAUUAUGAAAAACCUUUCUGGUCUGACUGUCCUAAAGGAAGUGCAUCUCAAACCUAGAUAUUUAUUUUAAUUUACUCAGGUCAUUUGCAACAGCAAUAGGGCUUAACAUGUGUAAUGUGGUCAUCCUCCAGAGCAGUUGGGUCCUACCCAAACCAUCCCAAUUCAGUGAGAGGGAUUUACAAAACGGAGCUAGGAUGCAGAGGUUAGGCUGUUGGAGGGGGGGAAAGAGGAGGAGGAGAGAGAAUUUCACUAUCCCAUGGUUAUUAAUGACCAGUUAGACAAUGUGUUAUCCCUCCAAAAACCCUUACCUACAGACUAUACCAGGGGUGUGCAACUUUUUUCUAAAUGUGAAGAGCCUUAAGAAAAUUGCCAAAAAUAUACUUCCUAGAAUUGCAAAAAUAUAUUAAAGUGAGGUCAUCAAAUGCUUUCUCAUUUAAUACUUUCUAUAGUUUUGUCAGUAAAACCAGCAAAAACAUUUUCCUAACAAAGACAACUUUCCACCCCAGAUUAAAUUUAACUGUUAAAAACAAUGUUGCAGCCAUAAAACUUUAACUAUAACCAAUGUGUAGA